UCCGUUCACAGCCUUCCAUCUGGACAAGACUCUAGUAAGAAAGUUUAUGAAACCCUUGUUAAUUGGAGAACUUGCAGAGGAUCAGCCCAGCUUUGAGCCCAGCAAAAAUAAACGGCUCGUAGAGGAUUUCCGUCAGCUCCGUGCUACUGUUGAGAAGAUGGGACUCCUGAACCCCAACCGCCUCUUUUUCUUCCUGUACCUCAUUCACAUCUUGCUGCUGGAUGUGGCUGCUUGGCUCAACCUGUGGUACUUCGGGCCAUCCUUGCUGCCUUUUCUCGUCUCCGGAUUGCUGCUUGGCACUGUCCAGGCCCAAGCUGGUUGGCUGCAGCAUGAUUUGGGCCACCUUUCAGUCUUUGGCAAGUCCAAAUGGAACCACUGGGUCCACAAAUUUGUGAUUGGACAUCUGAAAGGAGCACCAGCCAGCUGGUGGAAUCAUUGGCAUUUCCAGCACCAUGCUAAGCCUAACUGCUUCCGCAAGGACCCGGAUCUCAAUAUGCAUCCUAUGCUUUUUGCAUUGGGGAAGAAACUCUCUGUGGAGCUGGGUGUGAAGAAAAAGAAGUUCAUGCCUUAUAACCACCAGCACAAGUACUUCUUCAUCCUUGGACCCCCAGCUCUGGUGCCCUUCUACCUACAGUGGUACAUCUUCUACUUUGUGGUCCAGCGCAAACAGUGGGUGGACCUGGCCUGGAUGGUGACUUUUUAUAUCCGGUUCUUUCUGACUUACUCAUUCUUACUGGAACUCAAGAGUCUCCUUGCUCUCUUCUUCAUGCUCAGAUUUAUAGAGAGCCACUGGUUUGUCUGGGUGACACAAAUGAACCACAUCCCAAUGAACAUUGAUUAUGACAAAAAUGUGGAAUGGUUCUCAACCCAGCUCCAGGCAACCUGCAACGUGCACCAGUCUUUUUUCAAUGACUGGUUCAGCGGACACCUCAAUUUCCAAAUUGAGCACCACCUCUUUCCUACCAUGCCUCGACACAACUUCUGGAAGGUGACUCCCUUGGUGAAGUCCAUGUGUGCAAAAUAUGGCAUUGAGUACCAGUCCAAGCCUCUGCUCACAGCCUUUGCGGACAUUGUAUACUCUCUGAAGGAUUCAGGGGAGCUCUGGCUGGAUGCAUACACGCACCAUUAAGAAGGACGCAACAUCUCCUUGGAGAGGAGCCACCCACUUUUGCCACCUCUAGAAAUUGGCACCUUGAAGCAGGCAAGGGCCUCACUUCGGUGGGGGUGGGCAGCUGGUUGAGCUGAAUUCGGCAACUGGAUGUGAUGUGUUACCCCUUGCUCUUUGCUCAUUGCUCCUCUGGACUUCGUGAGCUACUGAGACGUUCCCCAGGGACAUCUGUAGGACCAGGAAACAAACUCCCAUCUAUUUGCUGUCAUAUGUAGAGAGGAAAUCUUACAAAGAAUCUUUUGGCCUUGCUGUCUAACUUGCCUUGCUCCCUCUCAGAGUAAAAGGAACCAAGGAUGAGGCGGAAGCCUGAGAAGUAAAGGAGGAGAGGGGUUGGGUGCGACAGGAAACAACAUGCAGAGUCUGAGAGCUGCAACAGUUUGAAGAUAAGAAACAAGACACAGCGAGAACCAGAGGAGAUCAUAGAUGCCCAAUUUCAGAAGAAGGACUGCAGGAAGAGAGCAGCCAAAGUCUGACAUGGGGACAAGUGCCCAGGAAAGACUGGACAGUAGCUGGACUUCCUCAAUGGCAGAAAUCUAUCAGGGGAGUCUGUAACAUCGUUGGCUGUACUUUUCUCACAAAGAGCCAGUUUGGUGUAGUGGUUAAGUGUGUGGACUCUAAUUUGGGAGAACCAGGUUUGAUUCCCCACUCCUCUACUUGCACCUGGUUGGAUGGCC